AUUAAAGUCCCUCAGAGAGAGAGGAACCGUUACAGCCGAGUUCUUAUCCGUAAAAACACUGAAACGAGACAAAACGAGGGAAUUUAAUCAUUUAAUAGGAUAUUUUUUUGUAUUAUGUAAAACCGUUUUUUGGUUUGAUACUUCAUACGGGUAUUUAACAAGCUAACGACGGUCCAGCUAAGCUAAAUGUUACCAGCUAGCACCUGAGCUAAGCUAAGCUAGCGGCUAAGCAGAACAACAAAGCUUGAAUUUUAACAGCGGAAUCUUUUUUAUACGAGUUAGCCGCGUUUAUUCGGGAAUCGUUUAGUGUUUUUUUUUUCUUGAAAUCGUUUCUGAUAUUUAAUCAAGACUGAAAAAAAACCUGAUCUGCUUGAAUUAAACGACUGUAUCCACGUAAAAUGGCUGAACCGGACAAACUAAACAUCGACUCCAUAAUACAGCGGCUUCUGGAAGUUAAGGGCUCCCGGCCAGGCAAGAACGUCCAGCUGACCGAGAACGAGAUCCGCGGCCUCUGCCUCAAAUCCCGCGAAAUCUUCCUCAGCCAGCCCAUCCUGCUGGAGCUGGAGGCGCCGCUUAAAAUCUGCGGUGACGUCCACGGUCAGUAUUACGACCUGCUGCGGCUCUUCGAGUACGGAGGUUUUCCUCCCGAGAGUAACUACCUGUUCCUGGGCGACUACGUGGACCGAGGGAAGCAGUCACUGGAGACCAUCUGCCUCCUGCUGGCCUACAAGGUCAAAUACCCCGAGAAUUUCUUCCUGCUGCGCGGCAACCACGAGUGCGCGUCCAUCAACCGCAUCUACGGCUUUUACGACGAGUGUAAGAGACGGUAUAACAUUAAGCUGUGGAAGACCUUCACGGACUGCUUCAACUGCUUACCCGUGGCUGCCAUCGUAGACGAGAAAAUCUUCUGUUGCCAUGGAGGCCUCUCUCCAGACCUGCAGUCUAUGGAGCAGGUACGGCGAGUGAUGCGCCCCACGGACGUCCCCGAUCAGGGUCUGCUGUGCGACCUGCUGUGGGCCGAUCCCGACAAAGACGUGCUCGGCUGGGGGGAGAACGACCGCGGCGUCUCCUUCACCUUCGGCGCCGACGUGGUGGCCAAAUUUCUACACAAACACGACAUGGACCUCAUAUGCAGGGCACAUCAGGUGGUGGAGGACGGUUACGAGUUCUUUGCUAAAAGGCAGCUGGUCACUCUGUUCUCUGCUCCGAACUACUGCGGAGAGUUCGAUAACGCCGGGGCCAUGAUGAGUGUCGACGAAACGCUCAUGUGCUCAUUCCAGAUCCUCAAACCUGCCGACAAGAAGCUGUACCAGUACGGAGGAGGAGGAGUGGGCUCGGGCCGUCCGGUCACCCCGCCACGCAACUCCGCCAAGGGCGGGAAAGCCAAGAAAUAGCACUCGCUGGAUCCCCCGACACCCCCACUGACCCUGCCCCUGACUCUCUACCUCCCUGCUGCUUCCUUCUCUCUCUCUCUCCAAACAGUACCCAGGGUUCAAAUACUUACGCUUUAGCUCUCUUUCGUUUCUCAUCGAUGGUAUGAGUGUUCCUGUACAUUAAUGUGAUUGAGUGAGUGGGUUUUUCUUUUAUUCUCUCGUGUUCGUCCUUCCUCCCAUCUUCCUCAUCCUGUCUUUCUGCGUUUCUAGUAGAGAUGGGUGAAAGACGUUUUCCAGGCCCUGGCCUCGUGCUGUUCUAACGCUGAUCACACGACUGCACGUCCUGUUCUAGAGCCAGUCUGAUUAUGAACUGCAACGCACACACACACACUCGCGUGCACACACACACACACACACACACACACAGCCUCUUAUACUGAUAUUAUAAAUACAGGGAGACGCUGGAUGUGCAGUAAAGCUGUGAGAGCCAGAGAGCUGAAUACAGGUGCAAAAUUUCCAUUUAGAGAACCAGAUUUCACAUCUGAGAAACAAUCAUGUUAACUGUUUUUUUUUUUUUUCUCUCCCUCCUUUUAUUUGUAGAUGAAUCACAAUGACGCUUUGAUCUUUCAUGCUUAUUUUGUGUUUGUUCUUUUUUUAGUCUCUUUUUUGAGAAUUAUCAAUAAAGAGAACUGUUUGUUUAAA